CAAUUUUUAGAAUUUUACAAAGGAAUUGUCACGAAACAUAGACAUUGUAGAUAAAGUUUAAAAACAAAAAUGGCGGCUAUCGGAGCGAAUUCGAAUUUGGAAUCACAUGCUGUACAUAAUGACACAAGCAUUGUUAUUGAGGGACAAAAAAGUGGAAGUGGGAUUUCAUCAUCAAGCAUUCUUUCCGAAGCAGCUGAUGGUCUUCGUGGAGAUGAAGGAAUACUCUCAGAUGAAGCGUUGCUAAGACUAACAAUAAGUACAAGUGGCCAGGAACAUGCCGCUACAGAAUUUUUGGAUAGUAAAAAUAGUCGUGUAAAAAGACCUAUGAAUAGUUUUAUGGUGUGGGCUCAAACAGCAAGAAAGAAAUUAGCAGAAAAGUAUCCACAUUUGCAUAAUGCCCAUUUAAGUAAAAUGUUGGGAAAGUUGUGGAAAAUGUUAUCUGUUGAGGAGAAACAACCAUAUGUACAGGAAGCUGCUAGACUAGAUAAACUUCAUAAGGACGAGCAUCCAGAAUAUAAGUACCGACCACGACGAAGGCCAAAAGGAAUGAAAAGGGGUUAUAACACACCAACUAUGAUGAUGAGUCCAACUGCUGUUCCCGGAAAACCAUAUGCUGUACCUGCAAACUGGGCACGUGUUAUACAUACCACAGAAGGAGAAGUUAUAUCAUCUCCAAGAGUUGAAGGUACACAAAUUGUAUAUGCAACAGAUGGUACACAAUAUUAUGCUGUUGCAAAAGGUAGUGGAUUUACUCCCACCAUGGCUGCUCCACAUGGUGGAUCAGUUAUAGUUUCACCAACUCAAGUAACCCCUCAGCAAGCCAUUGCUAACACAAAUGCCGCAACCACAAGCUCAAAUUAUCCUGCCUAUGUCACAGUACCAAUACCUGCAACUUCAACUGCUAUAUUUCAUCCUGUUGCUAUACCGGUCCAAGGUGUACAUACACCAGCAUUUGUUCUGCGUCCACCUUAUCAUGCAGGAACAGUCUACUCACCAACAGUCUUACAAACAGCGACAACAACUAGCACAUCUGGAAUUCCUAUUGCAUACCAAAGUAUAGAACAUCGAACCAUAGAAACUCCGACUCAAGCCACAGUAAAAACUGAGGGUGCUAACAGAAUACUAAAAACACCUGAAGGGGAGACAAUAGUUAUAAUUCAGAGACCAGUUGAAAGUAUACCUGUUCAUGUAAAAGAGGGUAGUGCUGUAACCACAAAUGGUUUAGCGAUGACAGCUCAACCUCAUAUUAUACAACAACACAUUGUUCAUCAACCUCCACCCAGUCAAGAAAUAAAACAAAUAUUGAUUGAACAGCCUGUUCAGUCACAUGCAUAAUUUUUAUAUUUCUGCUUUUAUUUUUCUACAGUGUUUAAGAGUGCAUAAACUGUAAGUAUGAAUUAUAUUACAUUUUAUUCUUGUGUUUUGUUAUUUAGAUCCUAACCUAUUUUAUGUUUCACCAUUACAUAUUGGCGUAUUGUAUAAAAUUUAAAUUUUAUUGUUUUAAAUCUGGAGUUACACACAUUUGCUGAAAAUACUUGGAUGUAUUGGAAACUGGUUUCGAAUUUUUUUUGCAGUGUUUUAUUUCAUGUUUUGUUUACUUUCACUUGAUAAAACUGCUGUAACAAGAUAUUUAAGAACUGCGAAUAAAUACGUUAUCUAUGGAUCAUUUGUUUGAAAUUUUGUAAAAAUAAUAUAAAAUUGGCUGAAUGUAAAUCAACCUUGAUAUUACUUUUUGUGUACAUGUACAACAGAAAAUUGCAGUGUUGUUUUGGUAAUAACACUAAUAAUUUUUUUUUUGUUAUUUUGAACAGAUGGAGCAUUAUUUUAUUCACAAUCACCUCAUUCAAAAGCCUUUUGUUGUUAUUAAAAGAGACCUAUUGUGCUUUAUUAAUAUUUUAUGCUCAAUCUACACCUUGGUCUUUCAGGGGGUAAUGUUAUUAUACUGUUGUGAUAUUAUAAAUAAGUGAUGUUUUGAUAGUGUUUUAAUUCAUAUAUUCAUAUAUCCACUACCAUUCAAUGUUAAGCAUCAGUGAUUUAACAAUCUUUCAUUAAAUCUUUUUUAUCAUCAAAAUGUGGGGCUAGGCAUUCAUUGGAUAAAGAUCAACCUUCAGUCAUUUUAUACAUAAAUUACUAUGAUUAAUUUGUAUUGCAGGUUUAGCAAUUAUAAAUUGAUCUGAAUUGUUAAUGUUUAUAAAAAGAUUGCCAUGACAUUAGAGUUUUAUGUUUUUAUGUUUUAGGUAUGUGUAUUUCUUUAUGUGAGAUGUAUUGUCAUGUUAUUUGUCAACUUUGCCCAAUUUUAUUUGUAUGUCUAUUUAUAAGGUUUUGCUUUUGGUGACAAUGAUGUCAUUUUUCGAGGGUUUUUUUUCUAAUUGAAAGUAAAAGUGAAAUCAUAAUGAACUCAAGAAUUUCAUUUCUUUAUAUCUCUGUUUCCUGUGUAAAAAAAGGACCAAUGAAUGAUGUUAAAUUCAAUAAAAGGAAUCUGAAAAAAAGGAAUUUGAUCUGUAGUAGUUGUUGUCAUGGGCUUACAUAGUGCACAGUUUGCAAACAUAUUGCAUUUUCACUUAAAUUUUUAAAUGUAUAAUAGUGUUAAUUGUCUUUGUAUAAAUGAAAAGUAUUUGUGGAAUGUUAAUGUUAGCCAUAAAUGACAAUAAAACAUUUGAUAGGUUGUCUCAUUCUCAAAGUCGUGUCUAAAAUGACAGGGGGGUUAAAUUGUACUUUACAUCUUUAAUUUCUUGCUUUUAAUGUUUUUGUAUGUCUUUUUCAUUUCUUCUUUAGUUUAGUGUGAAAGAAAUAUACCACUAGGGCAUGUUUUACACUAUUUCAUUUUUCUCACAUUGUAAAUAUUACUCUUAUAUAUAUAUAUAUAUAUGUGUGUAAGAAAAUGAUUAAAUUAUCCACUAGACAUUGUAUAUAUUGUGAAUAAUAAACAGUAAUGUAUUAUAGCCUGAUAA